CCUCUCGGGGAUAAGAGGCAGGAGAACGUUUUCGCUAUAGGCUGCGUUCUCCGAUAAACGUGCCUGCUGCUUUCUCCGGAAUGUGAGCGGAGGUUUAGCCGAGGGUUCUGUAUUCGCGUUCGGUUCCCUGGUUGCAUGUGUGUUUGCUUUUUAAGACUCAGGUUUAUGUGUUUGUUUAACGCCAGUUCGGAUUUCGAAAGGGAAGACUGAUUGUUCUGGUUCUUUUUACCGUAGGCAGUUUGGAUUACAGAGAGAGAGAAUCCUGGAUGUUUGCAGCCUUUUGCAUCAGCUGGUAGGGAGGAAAAAAGGUGGAAACCGACCUGCAGCAGUUGCUUCUUGUGAAAGGGGAGAAAUAUCGGACACGGUUCUGGGAUUAUUUGUCCAAGUGCUUCGUCCUGAAAAGGCUUCUGAAACAAUCAGUAGGCAUCUGAGAAGUGAAUUGGAAGUUUGAAGUCUCAAGCUUUUUCUUUCUAGCAGUGCCGAGCACCUCACCCUUGGAUGCUUUUGUCCACAUGGCAUGGAUACAUGGCUAAACUUACCAAGUUCUGAAUACUUCAGCUGCCAAAAUAAAGUGCUUUCUUACUUUUAAAUACUUCGUUCUUCUAGGCAACAUUCCGUCUGAGUCAUAGACAUAACUAGUUUUGUUAACUGGCUCCAGGUUAAAUGCAGCCUGAGUCACUGUGUACACAUUGCUGAAAAGUUUCAUGGCAGGUAUUUUUCCCCUUAUCUUAUUUUUUAGAUUUUCUGACAUAGCCUUCUGUCAUUUUGCAGUGAGACCUAUUUUCUAAAUGAAGAAUCUAAUAGAUGUUUGUUUAUCAUUUUUUCUUUUAUGUUUUAUUUAAUAUUUUUGUUGAAAAAUGUUGUUGCCAAUAAGCAGUAUGGAGGUAUCCAGAUAGCUGUUGUUUACAAAUGCCUCUGUUACCCGAAGCUAGGAAAUGUUCCAGAGUUCAGAUGUGAAAUUUGGAUUUUUGGCUUCACAGUUUGUGGUGUAAAAAGUGUAUUUAUUUCACCUGGAGCUGAUGCUUCUUAUAGUGAUAUGUCCAUGGAAUAGACAACAGAAGAACUUGUCAGAGAAAAAAAAAACUUUUUAAGACAGAGAGUUGGCAAAUUUUGCAAGUAGCCUUGUGGAAUCUGUAAGCAAGAAGAAUCGGUAGCCGAUUUCUGUGAGGUCAAAUCUAUGUCAAACAGCUACGAAUGUAGUAUCAACAAGAACUCUGGAUAUUAUCUCAAGGAAAACAAACUGGAAAAAUAUAAAUCACACAGUACUAACACCUUGUGCGGUCCUCUUGGAUUAGAUUUGCAUUCAGCUGAGUUGCUACUGCCUCAAAGAAAAUUAAGAUGGACAGAACAACUUAAUUCAAAAGGACUUGCCAUGAGGUGCUGAAGCCUUGUUUCAUUGAUUUGGAGAGACUGGACCUAAAUGGCGCAGCAUGACUUUGCUCCAGCCUGGCUUAAUUUUCCUACUCCACCAUCAUCAACAAGAUCAUCACUGAACUUUGAGAAACAUUCUGAAAAUUUUUCGUGGGCAGAGAAUCAUUAUGAAGCAAAUUGCAGAAGACACAACUCUUCAGAUGGGUUUGAUCCUAACAUUGGACGGCCUAAUGGAGGACAUUUUUGGAGAAAAGAGAGGAAUGGUUGGCGUUCACAAGGCAGAAAUUGUACAGAAAAUAUAAACCAUCGUGGGGGAUACCAUGGUGGAGGUUCCCGUGCUCGUGCCAGCGCCUUCCACUGUGGAAAAGGCCAUGGACUGCAUGAAAACAAUGUACCUGGUAAUGAAACUGGGAAAAAUGAAGACAAGGAAGUACCCAAACAGUUUGAGGCUGAGGAUUUUCCAUCUUUGAACCCUGAAUAUGAGAGGGAACCAAACCAGAAUAAAUCUUUAGCUGCAGGUGUGUGGGGGUACCCUUUGAAUCCUAAAUCUAGAUCGCAGAGAAUGCUGGUCAUUAAAAAGGGCAGUACAAAAGAACUGCAGAUAUCUGGGUUCCCGGUAGUAGGAAGUCUUCAUUCACAUCCAGUAAGGAAUGGACCUGGUACAAGUGUUUAUAAAGGAUUAGUCCCUAAACUUGUCACUCCACCCACAAAGCCUACACAGUGGAAAAGCCAAGCAAAAGAAAAUAAAGUUGGGAAUCCAUUUCCUCAUGGAUCUGCAUAUGGUGUUGGCAAUUUCAGUCCUUUCAAAUCAACUGCCAAGUGUAAUUGGUCAAAUUCUUCAUCCCCUGUUGACAAAGUUGGUCAGCCUUGUUUAACAAAAUUGACAAGAAUGCGGACUGAUAAGAAGAGUGAAUUUUUGAAAGCAUUGAAACAAGACAGAGUGGAAAAGGAACAUGAAGACAAGAAUCAUGCUGGGCAAAAGAAGGAUGAUGAGUCCUUUAACUUGCGUAACAGCAACAGCCCUCAUCAUGAGAGAGAUAUAAACCGAAACUUUGAAAAUGAAAUUCCGCAGGAGAAUGGCAAUGCUUCAAUUACAUCUCAACAGGUCAUUCGAUCUUCAGCUUUCCCUCGGGCAGAUGUUCUUUCAAGCUCACUUGAGGCAGAGCAUAGGUUGUUAAAGGAGAUGGGCUGGCAGGAAGAUUGUGAAAAUGAUGAAACAUGUGCUCCACUAACAGAGGAUGAGAUGAGAGAAUUCAGAGUCAUUAGUGAACAGUUACAAAAAAAUGGCCUUCGGAAAAAUGGCAUUUUGAAAAAUGGCAUCAUCUGUGGUUUUAAGUUUAGCCCCUGGAAAAACAGCAUUUUCAAAACCACUCUGGAGAAUGAGGAUUCUGAGACGAGCAGCAGUGAUACGUCAGAUGAUGAUGAUGUGUGAAGACUUCUGUAACAUCUGUAGAAGACCAUUUUGAUCUUACAAAAAUUUGGGGAUGUGUUGUCCAAAAAAAAUUUCUAAUUUAUGUAGUAACUUACCCAUUAGAGGAAGAAUGAUGUGACUUUUCUCUGAAGAAAGGAAUGUUGUGUUGGGUGUGUUGAAAGCUACUAUAAUUUCUUUGUAAACGAAUGUUGUAGAAUGAGGACUUAGGUUGACCCAGCACUGACUUCCUUCAUCACUGAAGCAUUUCUGAAUAGCAAUGUGACAAUGUAACAAGUCAGACUUUCACAUUUAAUAAUAAAGACAAAGAAUUAUGUAA